UCUCCUGCCCCCUUGGCCUGGAUCGGGUUCUCAGGAAGUCUCAGGGAAGUGAGGGUCUCAGUGCCUUGGCUUGGGGCUGGGCACUUUGUGAGCUGGUGUCAUGGAGGCCAAACUGGGGGCCUCUGGGCCAGGUGGUGGCUUCAGGCUUGCCACUGGGACAGGAGGCCAGGCUAGGCAGUGAUGCCUCACUGCACGCUGUGGGUGGGCUGCUGAGCUCUGGGUGGGAGAGGCCUCUCCCACUGACUGACCUCUCUGUGAUUGGCUUCUCUGCUGGUCUGAGUGGGAAGGGACUGCAGAGAUCCUGGAGGCCUUUUCUGCCCUGGAGGAGUCAGGCCCAGAGAGGGUGAAGAACGGCCUGAGUCACACAGCUGGUGACAGGGAGACCUGGAACUGUACCUGACAUCACCUGAUAGUCAGGCCACGGCUCUAUUCCCUGCACUGCCCUACCUGUGGCAGAUGGGGAAACUGAGGCAGGACUUGUCAGAGCCUUUAAUUUGCUAAUGUGUGUGUGGGAUCUUUAAAUGAGGAAGAGGAGAAGGUUCUCAGAGGAGAUAGCUGGCCAGGUUUGUCUCCAAACUGGGCUUAGAGGUUGCGAAGCUCAUCUUGAGGCCUGGGUACUGUGCUCUCUCCUGCCAGUGGGCCUGGAAGGCUUGGGCUGAGGACUCGACACUGCCUGGGAUGUCACCUGCUGGAGUGCAGUGGAACAAUCAUCACCUGCUGCAGACUUGACCUGAGCUCAAGACGUCCUUCUGCCUCAGCCUCCCAAGUUACUGGCUCUGCAGGUCAAGCUCUGGUCUCCGCAGAGUAACCGCGUGUGGAGUCAGCCCAGUCUGGAUGCACAGAGGGAUGCCAGCGACACAGUGAGCAAGGCCUGGCACCGGAGCUGUGCAGACCUCUCAUUGGCUAUGGAGCAGCAGGCCCGCUUGCCGGCCUUGGAGAGGCCAGGGGCCUAGGCCCACAGGGGAGGCUGUUGGCAGACAGAUGCCCUCCAGGCCCUGGGGCCUCCUUAACAGCCGGUGGACACGUUUGCUGGCAGUGGAGAAUGCCGGCUAAGGGCCGAUACUUCCUCAAUGAGGGUGAGGAGGGCCCUGACCAAGAUGCACUCUACGAGAAGUACCGGCUCACCAGCCAGCACGGGCCGCUGCUGCUCACGCUCCUGCUGGUGGCCAUCAUCGCCUGCCUGGCCCUCAUUAUCAUCGCCUUCAGCCAUGGGGACCCCUCCAGACACCAGGCCAUUCUGGGCACGGCGUUCCUGGUGCUGGCAGUGUUUUUGGCCCUCUCCGUGCUGGUGUACGUCGAGUGUCUCCUACGUCGCUGGCUCAGGGCCUUGGCGCUGCUCGCCUGGGCCUGCCUGAUGGCCCUGGGCUACGUGCUGGUGUUCGACGCGUGGACGAAGGCGGCCUGUUCAUGGGAGCAGGUGCCCUUCUUCCUGUUCAUCGUCUUCGUGGUGUACACGCUGCUGCCCUUCAGCAUGCGGGGGGCUGUGGCCGUGGGGAUCCUCUCCACCGCCUCCCACCUCCUGGUGCUCUGCGCUCUGAUGGGAGGCUUCACGACACCCAGCGUCCGGGUGGGGCUACAGCUGCUGGCCAACGCGGUCAUCUUCCUGUGCGGGAACCUGACUGGUGCCUUCCACAAGAACCAGAUGCAGGACGCGUCCCGGGACCUCUUCACCUACACUGUGAAGUGCAUCCAGAUCCGCCGGAAGCUGCGCAUUGAGAAGCGCCAGCAGGAGAACCUGCUGCUGUCGGUGCUCCCGGCCCACAUCUCCAUGGGCAUGAAGCUGGCCAUCAUCGAGCGGCUCAAGGAGCAUGGUGACCGCCGCUGUGUGCCCGACAACAACUUCCACAGCCUCUACGUCAAGCGGCACCAGAACGUCAGCAUCCUCUAUGCGGACAUCGUGGGCUUCACGCGGCUGGCCAGCGACUGCUCCCCGAAGGAACUGGUGGUGGUGCUGAACGAGCUCUUUGGCAAGUUCGACCAGAUCGCCAAGGCCAACGAGUGCAUGCGGAUCAAGAUUCUCGGGGACUGCUACUACUGUGUGUCGGGUCUGCCCGUGUCGCUGCCCACCCAUGCCCGGAACUGCGUGAAGAUGGGGCUGGACAUGUGCGAGGCCAUCAAGCAGGUACGGGAGGCCACGGGCGUGGACAUCAACAUGCGUGUGGGCAUACACUCUGGGAAUGUGCUGUGUGGGGUCAUCGGGCUGCGCAAGUGGCAGUAUGACGUGUGGUCCCAUGAUGUGUCCCUGGCCAACCGGAUGGAGGCAGCCGGAGUUCCUGGCCGGGUGCACAUCACGGAGGCGACGCUGAAGCACCUGGACAAGGCGUACGAGGUGGAGGAUGGGCACGGGCAGCAGCGGGACCCCUACCUCAAGGAGAUGAACAUCCGCACCUACCUGGUCAUUGACCCCCGGAGCCAGCAGCCGCCCCCGCCGAGGCAACACCCCCUCAGGUCCAAGGGGGACGCGGCCCUGAAGAUGCGGGCAUCAGUGCGCAUGACCCGCUACCUCGAGUCCUGGGGGGCAGCUCGGCCCUUUGCGCACCUCAACCAUCGUGAGAGUGUGAGCAGUGGCGAGACCCCCAUCCCUAAUGGGCAGAGGCCCAAGAGCAUUCCCCAUCGCCACCGCCGGACCCCUGACAGGAGCAUGUCCCCCAGGGGGCGGUUGGAGGACGACUCAUAUGAUGAGAUGCUGUCAGCCAUCGAGGGGCUCAGCUCCACCAGGCCCUGCUGCUCCAAGUCUGACGACUUCUACACCUUCGGGUCCAUCUUCCUGGAGAAGGGCUUUGAGCGAGAGUACCGCCUGGCACCCAUCCCCGGGGCCCGCCACCACUUCGCCUGUGCCAGCCUGAUCUUCAUCUGCAUUCUACUUGUCCACGUCCUGCUCAUGCCCAGGACGGUGGCGCUGGGUGUGUCCUUCGGACUGGUGGCCUGUGUGCUGGGGCUGGUGCUGGGCCUCUGCUUUGCCACCGAGUUCUCGAGGUGCUGCCCAGCCCGGGGGAUGCUCCGCACUGUCUCCGAGAGGGUGGAGAUGCAGCCCCUGCUGAGGUUGACCCUGGCCGUCCUGACCAUCGGCAGCCUGCUCACCGUGGCCAUCAUCAACCUGCCCCUGAUGCCUUUCCCAGUCCCAGAGCUGCCUUUCAGCAACGAGACAGGCCUGCUGGCCAUGAGCAGCAAGGCAAGGGCCCUGUGCGAGCCCCUCCCGUACUACACUUGCAGCUGCAUCCUGGGCUUCAUCGCCUGCUCCGUCUUCCUGCGGAUGAGCCUGGAGCCAAAGGUCGUGCUGCUGACAGUGGCCCUGGUGGCCUACCUGGUGCUCUUCAACCUCUCCCCGUGCUGGCAUUGGGACUGCUCCAGCCAAGGCUUGGGCAACCUCACCGAGCCCAACAGCACCGCCAGCGGCACCCCUAGCUGUUCCUGGAGGGACCUGAAGACCAUGAUCAAUUUCUACCUGGUCCUGUUCUACAUCACCCUGCUCACACUCUCCAGACAGAUUGACUAUUACUGCCGCCUGGACUGCCUAUGGAAGAAGAAGUUCAAGAAGGAGCACGAGGAGUUUGAGACCAUGGAGAACGUGAAUCGCCUUCUUCUGGAGAACGUCCUGCCGGCCCAUGUGGCCGCCCACUUCAUCGGUGACAAGUUAAAUGAGGACUGGUACCAUCAGUCAUAUGACUGUGUCUGUGUCAUGUUUGCCUCUGUGCCGGACUUCAAAGUAUUCUACACGGAGUGCGACGUCAACAAAGAAGGGCUGGAGUGCCUCCGCCUGCUCAACGAGAUCAUUGCCGACUUUGAUGAGCUCCUGCUGAAGCCCAAGUUCAGUGGCGUGGAGAAGAUCAAGACCAUCGGCAGCACAUACAUGGCAGCUGCAGGGCUCAGCAUCACCUCGGGGCACGAGAACCAGGAGCUGGAGCGGCAGCACGCCCACAUUGGCGUCAUGGUGGAGUUCAGCAUCGCCUUGAUGAGCAAGCUGGACGGCAUCAACAGGCACUCCUUCAACUCCUUCCGCCUCCGAGUUGGCAUAAACCAUGGGCCUGUGAUUGCUGGAGUGAUUGGGGCCCGAAAACCUCAGUAUGACAUCUGGGGAAACACGGUCAACGUGGCCAGCCGGAUGGAGAGCACUGGAGAACUUGGGAAAAUCCAGGUUACUGAGGAGACCUGCACCAUCCUCCAGGGCCUCGGGUACUCAUGUGAAUGCCGUGGCCUGAUCAACGUCAAAGGCAAAGGCGAGCUGAGGACUUACUUUGUCUGUACGGACACUGCCAAGUUUCAGGGGCUGGGGCUGAACUGAGGGCUCCUGCUGGAUUCCGAGCAGUCUGGGAAGCCAAUCUCCUUCCCUGAAGCAAGCCAGAAGACUCCGCCCCAUGCCAAUCCCAAUGGCACUCAGAGGGUGUGGUCACCUCCUGGCAGAUGGCUGUGCAUGUUGGCUUCUUUGGACCUGUGCUGGGAGGAUUUCUCAGACACGUGCACCAGAUUCUGGCUCGAAGCAGCCACUGAACCAUAAUGCACAGUGGCGACCAGAAACUGUGCCUGGUCUAACAGCUGCCAGGCUAGCUCUUCAGCCCAAGUCCCCUCUUCCAGAAGAAUGUUCACUGGUUCAGGGCUGAGAUCUUUGUUCCCUGAAGUACUACAGAGGCGACUUUAGCACAGGAUGAAAACAGACGCCCACCUCGGUGGCCUGUGAGCACACACAAGUGAGGUGGUCUGUUUUUCUAGACACCAAGGAGUAAACUGAGCUGUCUAGCAUGGACUGGAGACUCCCUCUCCCUGGUGGGCCGGGCAAUGAGAGUGUUUCUCACAGAGGCAUUCUGGUAAAGGAAGCUGAAAAGGGGUGUUUUACAUCUGUAAAGGGUUUCAAACAGUAGAGAGAAAAACACCGUAAUUAACACUGUUACUUUUUGCCUUGUCUGGCAUGUUUGUUUAAAAUGGAUACAUUAAUGGGAGUUUUA